GUUUCUAAUAACUUCUUUUUCUAUAUCACACAGCACAUAUCAUUAUCUUCUAUAUUGAUUCGACAAUUGCUUGACCUUUGCUCAAAUAUAUAUAUUCAUGGCUACUACUACAGCAGAACUCAUCUUCUCGCCACAGGCAAACCACAAUUUCUCACGCAUUCUUGGUGACUUGAAACGAUCAAAUCUCUCCAUUACCAAUCGUCUGCGCUCCAUACGGGAAGAUGCAGAUUUCGUAUCCGAGGUGGCUGCUGCAUUCGGCCGCCCGCUGAUCGCUAACGAGCGCUGCGGCAGCUGGUACAUCCCACCUGAAAACAAAGCUGGGUCCGGCUAUUUCAAAAGCACGGACGGUCACACUGGGCAGUGGAGGUUCAGCACGCGACGCCUGAACUUACAAUUAUUGGGCAUUAUCGGUGAUAAUGAUGGAUGCGUCAUCGUGGACUCAACGAGGAGGGGAAAACGAAUGCCUGAUGCUCUUAGCAAGACGGUGCCGAUUUGGUGUUGUGUAUUGAAUCAUGUUUUAUUCCCAGAUAACCUGGGGUCUCAUGAGCUCUUUACCCCUCCUAAUGUGGUCUCACGAUCUGAACAUGCUCAAAUCGAAGCGAAGAUUCCCGAACAUGUGGAUUCUCUGAAGGCUCUGAAUAUUGAUAUCGAUACCUUGCGUCAACAGAUAAAGAAACCUCUUAGGCCGGUAUGGAUCACCCAGGAAUCGCAACUUAUCACAACGGAUGAAAUAUUCGAUGACUUCCACCCUGUCAUCUGUUGUACUAGCUCGCGUCGGGUUCUUGGUGGAGAGAUGAGUGAGGGUGGCUACAUACAGGGCGCUGGCGAUGACACUGAGAAUUGGGCAUUGGGCCUAACCCCGCCCGUGUUCUGGCACCAUGCAGACACUCUUUUAUCCACCCCUGAACCCGACCUGUCUGAGUUGGUCCGCUCACUGGUCUCGGAUCAAGACAAAUACACAGAUUCAUCAAGCCUUAAACAGGUGGCUCCGUACCUAUUCGUUAGUAGUUUACCCCUUGAAAAUCAGUCGUCGUCAUCAACAUGCACCGUUGCUAUCCGCUCCAAGACAACAGACCCAGGCUUAUGGGUCAAAAGUCCGUCGCUGAUGGAAGUAGGCGUUGGAAAGCAUAGGGUGGCUAGUCGAAAUUUACGUUCAGCUCUCCCUAAUAUUAGCGACUUCGUACAGCAAUUUAUAGAACGAACAGCAGACUCUGACUCCCCCGAAAAUUCAGGCGUCAACCCCUCUGAACCCAAACGGAUAGUAAUAGCCUGCGAAACUGGCAAAGACCUAUCUGUGGGAGUUGCCCUCGCACUAUUGUGCCAAUAUUUUGACGACAAAGGCAAUUACAAUCUUAAUAUACCGCCUACUAGUCAAACGAAGAACAGUAUUCGAAUAAAACUUAGUCGCAUCAUGACGAAUUUCCCCGAGGCGAAUCCAUGCAGGGCUACUUUACAGAGCGUUAAUAGCUUCCUUAUGGGCUAGAAGUCCUGCUAUUGUACCCCAAAAAUGGCGCCUAUACAAGCGUUUAUGGGGCUUGGACACCAGCUAUAAACGGCUCAUGAUCGCCACAGAGUAA